GGAAAGCAGAGGAAGAGGAAGAGGAUGAGGAUGAGGAUGAGGAUGAGGAAGGAGAGGAACGACUUGUAGUAGAAGUAGGAGGAGUUUGUUUGUUGACAUCAGACGACAAGGAAUACCAGAUGAGCAACGACGGGUGAUAAUAAGUCCAUUUAUCGCUGUUCUGAAGACGCAACGCCUUGGCUAAAGCUAAGGUGGCCUUGGAUCUGAGCUGCCGAGGAAGAGGCAAAGAUGGCAGCCAAGGUGGGAGACAACCCCGACAGCCUCAUGACGCUGGCAACAGUAUUCUGCUUGAAGAACCUCAAAAAGACCAUGUGCUACCAGGGUUUGAGGAACAAGCUCUGUCUGCGCUCUGACAUCUUUCUUCCCAGUGAAAUCUGUGACAAGCUGGUGAACAUGUACAUGGAGCUGGUCCACACAGACAGCAACUUUGAACCAAAGGAGAGCUUCUUUCAGCUCUUUGCAGACCCUCGCAGCACCAGACUGACCAGGGUGCAGCUGAAGGAAGAUUUUGUCUCUGACAGAGACUUGGAAGCCAUAAGAAAACAGGACCUGAUUGAGCUUCACCUCACCUACUGCAACAGUCUGUCAUCCCGCAGCUUGAAAACACUGACCUGCUUCCGUGAGACGCUGGUCUCUCUUUGUCUCUUUGGCUGUAGCCACAUCUUCUACAGGAAGGGCGGUGCCCCACUUGCCUGCAAUGAAGAUACAGAGGAUGAGGAGGAGGAGAGCCCUGUUUCCAGGCAAGCAUUAGAGACGGACUUUAACUUCCAGGGCUUCAACCGCCUGCGGUUGCUCAACCUGGGCGGCCUACCAGACGAGGUGGAUGCUGAAACCCUGUUGAGACCCUUGAAGUCACUCAGCUCGCUAGACCUGUCUAACGUACAAUUACUGGGAACAGCUUUUCUAACUCAGUGGAAAGAUAGACUGGCAUCUCUUGUUCUCUACAAUGUGGAUCUUUCAGAGGAGUUGGUCAAUACAGUGGAGGAACUUGUCAAUCUCAGGCAUCUUGACAUCUCACGUGAGAGUAGGAGGGCCUCCAAGUUCAAGAUGAGCAGGAAGAUAUUGACUGCUAUCGUACAGAGAUUGGUCAAUUUGAUUUCACUGGACAUCUCAGGUCACAUCAUGCUUGACAACUGCACAGUUCCACAUUUGGAAGAAGCUAUGGGUCGGCCCAGCAAUGAGCCAUGCAAGAGCAGCAUCUACCCUUUUCAAGAGUUGAAGAGGCCCCUGCAGUUUUUGGGUUUAUACGACACAACCCUUUGUAAUGUGACGCACAUCCCUGCUUAUAAGGUGACUGGAUCAAAGAAUGAAGAGCAGGUCCUGAAUGCUAUUGAAGCUUACACAGAGUUUCGCCCUGAGUUGGCCCAUAGAGCCAUCAAUCAGCUGUUUGACAUUGCCAGGAUACAACACUGCAGCCAGCUGCUCCGAGCAUUGCAACUCGUCAUAGCUGCAUUGAAGUGCCAUAAAUACGACAAGAGCAUCCAGGUGACAGGCAGCGCUGCGCUGUUCUACCUGACCAACACAGAAUACCGCAGUGAUCAAAGUGUGCGACUUCGCCGAGAGGUCAUUCAGGUGGUGUUAAAUGGAAUGGAGCAGUACCAGGAGGUCACUGUUCAAAGGAACUGCUGCUUAACUUUGUGUAACUUCAGCAUUCCGGAAGAGCUGGAGUUUCAGUACAGUCGGGUAAACCAGCUGCUUCUGAAAAUCCUGGAGCCAGCAAGGCAGGAUGAAUCCAUCCAGAGAAUCGCUGUGCAUCUCUGCAACGCUUUAGUUUGCCAGGUUGAUAACCACCACAAGGAAGCUGUUGGAAAGAUGGGAUUUGUCAAGACGAUGCUGAACUUAAUACAGAAGAAGCUGCAGGACCGGAUGUGUGACCAAGUGAUGGAGUUUUCUUGGAGUGCUCUGUGGAAUAUUACAGAUGAGACGCCAGACAACUGUCAGAUGUUCCUCAACUGUCGAGGAAUGAGUCUCUUUCUGGAGUGUCUACAAGAGUUUCCAGACAAGCAGGAGCUGCAUCGCAAUAUGCUGGGACUUUUGGGUAAUGUUGCUGAGGUCAAAGCGCUACGGCCACAGCUGGUCACGCCACAGUUCAUCUCUGUUUUCAGUAAUCUACUGGACAGUAAGGCUGAUGGGAUCGAGGUGUCGUACAAUGCCUGUGGCGUGCUUUCCCACAUUAUGUUUGAUGGACCAGAGGUUUGGUCGAUGGAAGAGCCACUAAGAGACACGGUGAUGGACAAGAUGUGGGAUGCAAUUCAGAGCUGGGAUGUCAGCUCACGUCGCAAUAUCAACUACAGGUCAUUUGAACCCAUCCUGCGACUACUACCUCAAAGCAUCUCUCCUGUGAGUCAACACUGGGCCACGUGGGCUCUGUACAACCUGGUGUCGGUUUAUCCAAGCAAGUAUUGUCCCCUGCUCAUAAAGGAAGGAGGACUUGGUCUUCUGGAGAGAGUUUUGGAGUUGGAAAGCUCACAGCCUGAGACCAAGGACAUGGCCCAGAAAGUCAUGGAGCAGUGUGAGAACUUCAAAGACGAUCCCAUGGAAACAAAUCAUGCACCAGAGGUAAACUUCGGACAAAGAGGUUGACACGACUGGCAGGCAUCGAGCAAACCAACCUAAAGCUCCCCAUCAUCACCACAGUUGUCGAUGUGUGCAUUUUUCUCCGUAUCAUGAUUCUUUUUGGUUGGCACAACGGUGUCUCUAACCCUUUCACAGCAGUUUGGACACAAAGGGUUUAGGAGGUGGUGCAUGGUGUUUCUACCUUUUGCAGCUCUGUCGGGACGUGGCCCUGGGGGUGGUUGACUGUUAACCGUCAGUGUGUGAAUAUGUGUGUAAGAUUUCUUCUUAGAACAUAGCAGCCGGAUUGGAAAGGAAACAAGCACGCUCCGCUGUGCGCAACCAUGAAACGUGUGGUGGUGUGGCCACUCUCUCUUGGAAGCUCCGGGAGCUGUCAUCAUGUGUGCAGUGAAGAUGAGCCAAUAUGCAAGCAGGUUGAUGCUGGCAGGAGGGAAGUCUCUGCAGGUGGACUUUUUUGUUAUAUAUUUGUAAAUAUGUUGUUUCCUUUUACUGUGUAUGUUUUAUAAUAUAACUGUAAAGACUCAAGGCUAUACCCUCUAUUUAAAUUCUUUAGGCUUAGCAGGCAAACGGGCAGUGCUAAGAAAGUUCAUGUACAAAACUCAAUCAUUCAAUUGUAGUCUCAACUUCCUUUAGUGUCUGCUUUUUUCCAUCUCAUGCUGUCUUAUGACAUUCAUCAGCCAACAACUUGAAUCUGGUUUAAGACACAAAUAAUGAUUCUACUUGGCUUUUAUUACAGACAUCAACGAUCAACAAGGUCAUGUUUUAAUUGAUUAUGUUAUGCGUCAUAUAAUGUUAUACAUUGUAUAAUGUUAUAAUGACUCAUGAGAAUCAAAUUUAACACCAAAUCACGUUUGGAAAUGCAUUGUAAGAAUUUUAAAUAAAACAAUACCAUACCAGGUACCUCAUGAUCUAGCACAUACACGUCAUCCAUCAAAAAGCGUUCACUUUUACAUUCAACCUUUGAUUUUUUUUUUUUUUUUUUUUUAAUGGACAAAACUCAAAUUUGUGGUAUGCCAAGCUAUUUUAAAUACCCUAUAAAGCCAUAAAAGGAUGUGAUUAUUUUGUUGGCAGCAUUCUUUGCAAAUGUAGAAAGAAACUAUUGGACUAUUUUACAAGGAAGUUUUUACUUAGCUGCUUGACCUCAGCUUUGCCGCUUUCUCUGAACAUGACAUUAGCGCAGGGGUUUUCAAGGUCUAACAUCGUAGGUCUUUCUCCAAGCAGCCAAACAGCAACAGUGCAGAAGCAUAAACCAAGUUAGCUGCGUAAAGCCUGGUUUACUAUUCAUUGCAUUCACAUGAGACACCGUGCCUGAUUAGCAACGAGUGUGGUGCUCAUCAGCAACUUUACAUACAAUGGAUGUUAAUAUACCAGCAGCUCGAUGCCUGUAAUACCAGAAUAAGUUCAGCUACUUUAUACAUCUCCAAAAGAAAUUCCCAUUUCCAGCAGCUCUGCAAAAAUGUCCUAAAAAACUUAAACACUUAAAAAUAAAACAAACAAGGCAAGGUAGGAGAGAUAUAAAAAAUAAGAACAUAGAAUAAGAAUAAAUAAAUACAGAACAGAUCACUUCACAUUUGUAGUGCAAAAUAAUACCCAAUAAGGUAGUAAGUCCAGUCUUGUUUGUGUUUUUUAUCGCUCCCUCUCUGUUGUGUUGAAAAGCACGCAGGGUUCUUCAUACCAUUAGCGCAACAGUGUUGAAUCGAGGCAACUGGACUAUUCUUGUUUAUUGAAAAUGUUUUACGUUUACAGUAAUCCAAAAGGGUUUAGUGUGGAGUCUCCCUAUUUACUGUAUGUCUCUUGAGGGUUGUGUUCUCUGGGGGUCACAAUACCGUUGUUGUUGUUGUCGUUGUCUGGCAUGGCUGGUGAACAACUGUCCUGCAUUACAACACAUUAUUUGCCUGUCUGGUGGCAUAAAAGCUCAUUAGUGUCCCCUUCCACUCUUCCAGUGAAAUGAGACAAUCUUUGGGAGACAGAUAUUUGGACAUUAGCAUUAGCAGACAAUAUUAAUGCUUAAAAGAAGUCCUGACAUCUCUCCCCCAAUUAUUGUAUCAGCUUGUUAGGGACCACUCUUUCCGUGAAAUAAGACAAUAUUUGGGGGCAAAUGUCAGGGCAUUGUUGUAAGUGGACAAACUUAAUGCUUAUAAGAAUGACCUGACAUCUCUCUCCCAAAGACUGUCUCAUUCAACGGGAAGAAUUCUUUUAAGCAUUAACAUUGUCCGCUUAUGACGAUGUCCUGACAUAUUUCUCCCAAAUAUUGUCUCAUCCCACAAGAAGAAUGGUCACUAACAAGCUGUUAUGAUAUGAUAUUUGGGGGAGACAUGUCAAUAUUUCGUUAAAGUGAUAAUAUCUUUUGAUUAUAACAAUGUCCUGACAUCUCUCCCCCAAAGGUCAACUCAUUCCGCUGGAAGAAUUUUUUAAACUGUUGAUAUCGUCCACUUAUACCAGUGACAUCUCUCCCCUAAAUAUUGCCUCAUUCCACAGGAAGAGUGGUCAUUAACAAGCAGUUAUGAUAUGAUGUUUGAUUGAGAGAUGUCAGGAUUUUUUGAAGUGUUAAUAUCAUCUGCUUAUAACAAUGUCCUAACAUCCCUCCCUCAAAGAUGGUCUCAUUCCACAAGAUUUUUGUUCAAAUCCAAUGUUUGAUGUAGUUGUUCAAACAAAUGCCACUGCUGUUUUGCAGUCAGGAGAAUGACCUAUUGUUAUAUGGGACAGUUGUUCACCAGCCACACUGGAAAACAACAACAGGGACACACGCACCAGAGACUCCACACUUAAAAAAUUAGAACUGAAGAAGCAUUUUGGAUUAAAGAUGAGAUGUCUUCAGCAAACAAUAACAGUCCAGUUGCCUCCGUUAAACCUUUGUGGAUUACCAAUCUACACAGAUAAUAGUGUUGAUUAUUGAUAUUCAAAUGAGCAUAACACAUCUACAAUCACAAAUAUCAGUGGUUUUGGUGACAGGGCCCAAGACAAGUUGGUUACAUCCACAAAUCAUGCAAUGACUAUUUUUGCUGUCCUCCCCAUAGGUGAUAGUUUGUCAUGGCAACAGCUGGCAGCCUUUCAGCCUCAUGUUAAAAAUAAAUUAUUUUUAACCACGUGUAAUGGCUCUGCUCUAAAUGAGUUGCUUCAGUCAUGUUCAUAAAAAGUUGUGUAUUUGACGCAAUGUCUGGCUUAGCGGGUAUAACUUCCUUUAGGGAGGAAAGAAGAUUAUAAUUGAUUCCCAGUCAGUUUUUGACCUAAAACAGGGGUGUCCAAAGUGCCAUUUGCGGCCUGCAGCGCAUUUACAUAAAUAAUAUAAUAUCAUAUAAUCAAACAGGGCGCACAUCGAAGCAUUACAAAGAAGGUUGAGGGCCACACUGAACAGGAAUAAAGUUUGCAUAGUAUGCGCAUGUUUACCUACACUGCUUAAAACUCUAAAUUAACAUUGAUAGUGACAAUUAUGAAAGUAUUUUUAUGUUUCUGUAGCGCUUAAUAGACUACAGUAAUACCUCGUUUAUCGUGGUUUGGUUCCAGACCCAACUGUGAUAAGUGAAUUUUCGCUGUACGCCAAGUAGGAUUCCUUUUUAUAAAUUCAAUAUUUUCAUAGUUAGAGCAUAGAAAACCUGUUUACAAUCUUCUAAAUAUGUGUUUUGUUUUGUUUUUUACAUUAUUAGAGCCCUCUAGACAUGAAAUAACACCCCGAGAGUCACCUUUACACUCGUUAUACCCAAUUAUAGGAGUAAUAAUAGAAAAUAAGCCAUUUAAGACAUAAAUAAGACUUGUGCGUGUGUGUGUUGUUGUCAAUGUGUUCCGGGGCUAGUAGAGCUGAGUGGGGGGAGGCAAGGAAAUGACGUCAGGGGUUCAGAGUUGAGUUGCAACAUUAACCUGUGUUUUUAUUAGGGAUUGUAAUCAGGGAUUAUUGUGCCUAUUGUGAGAUAAUUCAAACCUGCAAUAAAAGCCUGUUGUGCCGGCGAUAGAAUCUGGCGUUUACAGUACCUUUACUGACACGUGUAGAAUACUACCUACUGUAUCAUCACAACAUCUUUGAAUGCAUUUUUUGAAUGCCUUAUAUUUCUAUUUUACUUCAGUAGCUAUUUUUACACUUGAAAAUGUUUAAUUUAGGCCACAAAAUAUUUAAAAUUUGCUUCUAUAUGCAUAUUUUGCCAUAAUGAACCACAAAACAGCAUGAUUUAUUCAUAUAUUUUUGAAAACCAUGAUAGACUGAAGCUAUGAAGUGGUGGGGGACUACUGUAUAUACUACUGUAUGUAGAAACUCUAAUACCUAAAUUAUAUUUUAAUUAAUAGUAAAAUAUGAGCGUUGUAAUUCAUUUAUUUUCAAAUUUUGUGUUUUACAAAAAAUAUCCUGGAAAAAAAAGUUCCAGUAAUGCUUAAAAGGACCAAAAUAUGGCCGUAUUUUUUUAAUUGUAAGUAUUACUUAUCAUGAAUGUACCUGUUGCUACAUGGUCACAGCAUGUAUGUAAAACCAUAAAACCUUGUUGGAGGUUUUUUUGGGGGUGUUUAAAUGGCGGUCUUUGUAGACAGCAUAGGUUUAUACCAUUACAUGCAUUAAUGAGCUGUCUCUUUUUACCUGUUUUUACAUUUUGAGAACACACAGAAAAGGGAAAGACAUACAGUAUGUGUUCACUUCUUACAUAAGGAUUGUUGAUUAUGGGUAAAAUUCCAAAAAAAGUGCAGUUUUCCUUUUAAAUUGGAAUCACGUUCUAAAAUGUUAGCUUUGGUUCAAGAGUGGUGAUGAAUAGCAAAGGUUUUUGCCACAUCUUUAUUAUUUUUCUGUAUGUGGCCCUCGGCAACAAAGGUUUGGACACCCCUGUUCAAAAAUGACUCUUAGCUUCUAGAGUCAAAAUCAUGCUUUCAAACAUUUCAUCAUUUUCUCUUUUGAACGUAAUCCCAUUUUGCAUGUUUGCAUCUACUGUAUACACUCGCCCAUGCAUAACGACAUGAAUGUAUUUUCUCACAGGUCUUUUUUACUUCUGCCAUUUAGUGGUAAGCUAUUUAACUACAGGUGGUCCUCACUUUACGACUUAUCACGUUCCAACGUUUCAUGGUUAGGAACACGCUUCCAUAAAUUAAUUAAAAGCUUAAUUUUGUUCAGGAAACAUGAGACUCACUCGAGAACUAGUAACAGCACACACAGCUACAGUGAGGAAGGAUAACAUUGCGUAUUACUUCACUUUUUGCUAUUCCCAAACAACAGUGCGUCAAAGAAAAGGAAUGGAAGUGAAAAUGAACAUGAUAAAACACUCUCAGAGAGGAGAAAUGCCCACCAAUAUUGGCCGCUCAACCGUCACGACCAUCAUUAAGGAUAGAGAUGAUUCAGUGCUCAUGAAUGCUGGAGGGGAGAUGGAUUCCGUGCCGCUGUUACAAGAAGAUCUGGGAGGACAGCAGGAGGUUAUCCUUUAAGGACUUUUUAUGACUCUUAUUUCAUUCUUGUAUUUUUAUUACUGUAUUUUAUGUCCUGCAUACAGUAUGUGUUCAGUGACUUUGGAGUUCAUUGAGGUAUCAUGUGGGUAUAAGUUCUGACUUACACUAAAACUCCACUUACAAACUCGUUCGUAACCCGAGGAUCACCUGUAUAUUUUAUUGCGGUUAAUUGGUUCCAGACACAAGUGAAUUAGGAUUCCUUAUAAAUGGAAUAUUUUCGUAGUUAGAGCAUAGAAAACCUGUUUACAACCUUCUAAAUACAGUUUUUAACAUUAUUAGAGCCCUCUAGACAUGAGAUAACAUCUCUAUAGUCACCUUUACACGCCUAUCACAAAAUGAAGUAGACCUAAUAGGAGAAAAUAUGACAUAAGACAUAAAUAAGACUUGUGCUUGUGUGUGUUGCAAUAAAUGUGUUCCGGAUGUGUGGAGGACAGGACAUGAGGUCGGGGGUUCAGAGCUGAGUGCUUGCGUGGCGUGGGUUACGACCGUGUUAGGGAUUAUUGUGCCUGUUGAGAUAAUUAACACCUGCAAUAAAAGCCUGUUGUUCCGGCGAUCAAGUCUGGCGUUUGUGUCUUACCGAACAUUACAGUAACAUUACUGACACCUAGUGACCAGUGUAGAAUACUACGUACCACGUCUUUGAAUGUGUCUUCUGAAUG